UCAGUGGUCUAUUCAUUUUCCGGUUUGUAGGAUCUUGACAGCUAUCUGACAUCAACAAAGAUUUAAAAUUCUUACAAAACUUAACCUUACAAAAUAGAUAACAAAAAUAAAUUAAUCUGAACUGAAAUUUGAACAAUGGUUCGUCACAAAAACAGGUAUAUAGUUAUUGAAAUUAAUGAAAAUGAAGCAGGGCCUUCCUCAUACUUAAAACUAAAAGAACCGUCUCUCUAUGUAUCUAUUCUAAAACAAGUUCGAAGAUUAUACGGUGAUUUUGGCGAGGCUGCUAUAAGAGCAGGCUUUGUAUGUAAAUAUUUAAAUGAACACACUAGAAUAGGGAUUAUUCGAAGUAGGAGAGGACCACAUAAAUUUGUUACCUCUGUAAUCCCCCUUAUUCGAGAAAUGGAAGACAAACGCAUACUUAUUAAUAUUCUUUAUGUGGGUGCUACUAUUAGGAAAUCAUUUUAUUUUUUAAGGAACUAUCAGCAAAAAAAGUUCAAUGAGUAUUGUGUAAGUUUAAAAAGUGAAGAAGACAUAAAUCAAUUGAAAGAAGCUAUGUUAAACUUUGAGAGCAUUUUAACUAGAAUAUAAGUGGUUAAGUUUUCUGUUUAUAAAUAAAUAUACUAAUAAAAAAUAGGCUUUAUUAUAAAUAAUCACUAUUUUACAAUUAAAUGUAUAACAUUUUCA